AUUUACAGCUGUCUGGUGUUUGGUGCGACGGCGGCUUUGAUUUGGAGCCUGAUACGACGCCAAAGUUAAAUGGGCUCAAUUUUAGAGGAACGCUACUGUAAUCAGUGCUCUACAGGAUGAUUAAAUUGCAACCUGAUUUUGAUCGAACAUAUUUUAAUUUCCGUUGCGGCGAGGUGCUUUGCGUUAGCCCAACGAGUUACGAUGUUUGCUGCACGCUCUGCGGGCAGCAGGUGCCCUACGAAGGAUUUCCCCAACACUUUCAACAAAAACAUUUGACAGAGACGGAGACUGAAGACUGCAAGCUGUUCUCUUCACAGGCCGAGGAACAGCAUCUGGAUACGCCGGUGGACGUGGAUGUCGAGCCACUGGCCAUUAAAUCCGAGGACGACCCCAUUGCCCAUGACGAGACGCACGUGUCCAAUAAUCAUGUGAAUGUAGACUUAGCGCAGAUAGCUCUGCUUGAUCGGGAACACGAGACUGAUAAAGUCGCAGAUUUCACUGCAUCUAAAGAGUUGGUAAGCUCAAUUGCAACCAGGCGCCAGCGCCGAGAAGCAGCACUCAAGAAUAUUCUAGUGCAACAAAAAACACGAACAACAGAGGAUGAAACGACAAUGGACAAGCAUAUUGAAUGGAGGGCGGGGGACGUCAACACCAGCGAUGUUCGUCUUAAAGUUAAUGAGAACUCAGACUCUGAUAACAAUGAUGAUUAUGAGGAUGAUACAAGAGACAUGCUGUUCCAGUGUGACCAAUGUGAUCGCGCCUACAACACCAAACGCAGCCUACAGAGCCACAAACGCAGCAAGCACAAUUUCCGUAAGCCAACAAAACCGCACAGAAUGGCAGCAGAUGUUACAAUAGUGGCAACAACAGCUGGAAGCGUUCGCAGAAAACCGCGCAAGGAUCCCGCCAAGAUCUACAAAUGUGAUGAGACUGAAUGCAAUCAGACUUUUCGUACUGAACGGGACUUGCGUGGCCACCGUUGGAAGCAUACGGGUAUCUUUUGCGACAUCUGUGGCAAGCCCUUCACUCAAUCCGGGAAUAUGAUGCGCCACCGUCAAAGGCAUAGUGGCAUCAAACCGUACAAAUGCCAGCAGCCAGAUUGCGAAGCCACCUUUUACACACAAAAAGAGCUAACAUCGCACAACAUAUGCCAUACCGGUCGCAUGCCCUGUAUAUGUGAGGUGUGCGGUCGUCCAUGUCGUGAUCGCGGCGUUCUUACUGCCCAUAUGCGGCGACACACUGGCGAACGGCCUGCUAAAUGCGAGGUGUGUGGGAAGGCCUUCUACAGCUUCCACGAUCUCAAUGUGCAUGCCGUCUCACAUACGAAUCUGCGACCCUUUGUCUGUGAUGUUUGCGGCUCCACGUUUCAGCGUAAGAAAGCGCUGCGCGUCCACAAGCUUCUACACUCAGAGCAGCGCAAAUAUUCGUGUAAGUUAUGCAACAAAAUGUUUGCCCAAUCUGGAGGACUCAAUGCCCAUAUGCGCACCCACGAGACGGCACGAGCCAGGGCGAAAGCCAAAACCAAAACAACUACAGUCGAUGUCGAAGCUGAAGUCGAGGAAGCUGUCAACACUAACCAACUGUUGGAGGAAGCUGUCACAAUUGAGGUGCUCCAGGAGCAGCAUUCCUCCCAUGUGGAAGUUGUUACCGUUGCAACUGCAGGCAGCUGGCAUGUACCAUAAUCUUGCAAAUGUCUCUGGCCUCCAUUAAGGGCUUAACAAAAUGUAAAUAUUAAAUCAAAACACAAAUAUAACUACGCUGUUUUCAAUUCAACCAGUUUGAUUCACACCUGCAUUCUCCCAAGAGUCGACCCGUUGCCAAGCUAAAGCAUUAGAAAAGGUACAUUAUCCAUUGUAUAUUGAACAAUGUACAUGGUACACGUAGGCACAACAAUAAAUCGAAAAAUUAUCGGUACAAAAGUGUCCUUUAUUAUUACUUUUUUGCUGCUGUUCUCGCUAAUUACUACAUAAUUAUGAAUAUGCUUAUCUUUGUUAUAUAUCCAAUAUACCGCCCACUUAAAUACAUAUAUGUCCGUAUGUGUGUAUAUAAAUACUAUAUUAAGCAGCUGCCAUCAAUAUUGCUCUUAACAAAAAAUCACCUAAGAAUAAUUGUGUAACAUAAUGGACGUAUUUUUUCGUGUAUUCAAUUGAUAAAAUCAAGCAAUGACUGAAGCUGUUUUAGAGACAAUGUUUGCAACUUAUAAAAUAACUUGAACAGAAAAACGCAAAAGUCAUUAAAUUAAGUAAAAAUGGGAUUCAAUAUAAUCACAAUAUAAAACAGGGACGGAUAUGAAGAUAGGUGUAGCAUGGCUGGUUACCGGUUUAGCCAUUGGUAUCUUAUUGGAAUCUGAUCAGAAGCAAACAUAUUGCAUGGAAUGAGCCAAAUUUGAUUUAAGUUAAAUAAAACUGUUUGGCUUCUUUUUGCAUUAUUAAACAAUAAAAUGCAUGUAAAUGUAUACAAAAGUUUGGGCUAGUCGAAUUGCUAUCAUACUACGUGUAUGCUAUAU